GCCUUUCCCAAGAUGGCGGGUCGAGGAAGGGGUAGAGGUAGAGGACGCAGUCUUUCAUUUGAUGUUGGAAUGAUAGGCUUUGGACGUGGAGAGGCUCUACCAGCUGCAAUACAACAGCCUCCGCCACUUUACCCGCCCCUUGACGUCAAACCAUUACCACUAAGGCAGACAGAAGCAGAUGAAUACAUGUUGGCGCUGAAACAGGAAUUAAGAGGCUGUAUGCGAGAGCUGCCUUACUUUGUGAAGGCAAAAGUCAAACCAAAAGAUAUUGAAAGAUUUUCUGAUAGGUACAGAGAAAAACAAACUGAAGGUUUAGAGUGGCAACCAGACUGGAGGUUAUUUCCAAAUGAGUUGAAGAUCAAAGUGAAAAAACACAGGAUCCCCAGCAAUGCAAGACCUAGAAUUCCAAAACGAGGUGAAAAGAUUAAAUCACCUACAGGUGUUGUGGAAGCCUUGAAGCAGCUUGAUGAAAUAGUUAAAAAGGAGGUUGAAGAAGAUCAGGCGGAAGAUAAGCAAGAGGAGGAAGUAGAUGACGAGAGUGCUGAAGAGGAGGUUGAAUAUGACGAGGAAGAACAAGAAGAGGAAAAUGACUACCUGGUGUCUCACUUUGAUGAUGACGAAGACGGCUUUAUGGAUGAUGAUGAUAUGGAUGAAGGGCCUAUCUACUGACACUAACAGACAGAGUGAAAUGGAAGGAAAAAACCCAGGCCAUCUAAUUUGAUGUGGCAGCUUAUUUAGCUGAUCUGUACAUCCAAACAGUUAGACAAUGAAGGUAGGAAGUGUUGAAACUGUGACACUACAUGAACAAAGAACCACAAUAUGUCUGACUAGUGUUGAGUUGCUACUGAGUUGUCAGCAGGUCAGAAUGUAACAGUACUCAGCUUGUUUCUAAAGACAAACACUGACUGUUGUGUGACAAGUUGACAUGCACUUAAUUCCUGUAGUUUGUUGUUGUACAGUACUUUCUGCAACACAAUAACACUCGCUAGUGACACACCGUGUUGGUGUUAUGGUACCGUCAUGGGUUCAACUAAGAACAAUGGAUAAUGAGAAGACAGCUUGGAUAUACUUAGAAAUGCAAAGGCAAUGCUAGUACUUGGCAAUGCAAGAUGCAACCAGACAGUGGGGGUGAAAAACAUUUCAUACUGUAUUUAAUAAAUUCUUGCUUAUA